UUCGCGUUGACGUGUGUGCCUAGCAAUCACCGCAAGCCCCUUUGUGUUUUCGUUUAUUCGAGCGCCAGACGGUCGUCCCUCUCGCUCGCCGUUCUUUUCGCGGAUUCUUCGGGACCGUGCUUGUUUUUGUGCGGGGAUUGUCGUCCCCUUCGAUUUAAUUAGCGUUUAUUUUGAUUUGAUUUCGGGUUUUGUUUUAUUUUUGUGUUACGUUUUCGGUUUCGCGGUAUUGAGUGUUCUUUUUUUUUUUGUCGCGUAGUGCGAAUUUUAUCGACGGUGCCAAACGCUAUAAACAAAUUUGCCAACUAGGAGACGGCGGGUGCUUCGGUGAUCGAGCGUGAUCAAACGUGAUCGAGCGACAGCUGCGUCAGAAAUGGGUCACAGAGGAUUAACCGAGGGAUGACCACCUACCCGCAGUUCCAUCGCACUCUGGAGAUCGCUGUGCUAGAUAGUGCGAAUGAAAGUGAAAAUUUUUGUGGAUUUUUCCCAGCCCAGAAAACAACAUUGUGACCGCCAGACAUAUAAAGCGCGCAACAUACUCAUGCACGCUGAUUUAGAAAGUGAUUUUUAGAGCACUCUUUGAAGGCUCCUCCAAAGCAACAUACACCGAGAAGUGCCUCUAGCCUGUUCGCGAUUUCAGUGAAGAGGAGAAAAAAAAAAAAUGUAAUAACAAACCUCGCUGCAACAGCGGAGAAGGAAAAGUGAUUGAAAAUGAAUCUGUGAGUUUGCAAGAGUGCGUACAUACUUGCAUAUAUAUAUAUAUAUAUAUAUAUAUAUUUUUUUUUAUAACAAUUACAUUGGCCAACAAUAACAGGAUUAUUAUCUCGAGAUAUGCUUAGCAGCGUCGGAGCAGGCGGCGUGCAGAAUCGGAGAAAUGGAAGCAGUUUAAAAAUUAAGUUCAGUGGAUAAAUUGGAAGUGGAGUAGACGUCGGAAAAUAACAAAUAUCCGAAUUGGAGGAAAACCUGAAGUGAUAACGAAUCGGAGUGUACGUUUUUGAUUUGUUUUUCGACGGUUCAUUUGCAUACACUUUGCACGGCCGUAAAGCAAGAAGGAAAAUUCCGUGAUCGGUUCGAGAAGAAAAUCGAAAGUUUUAACAUACCUACAUCACACACACACACAUACACCCAACUAACGUGGCGCCAAUUGAGCGAAUUGAGAAGAGAUAGUAAAAGUGAAUGAGUGAAUGGUUUUAACGUGCUUCCAACAACCACCGCAGGAAAAAAUAAGCCAGUGAGCAAAAGUGAAAAAUUACCGGUAAUUAAGGCGGUGAAGGAAAAAAAAAUCAGUGAAACGAUCGUGACACAAACAACUGUGACACCUUUCUGUGUGCGUGUAUUUUGGUGACAUACAUUUAUUUGGAUUACCCCAACAACAAUUCGUCGUGGAUCGCGCGCAUUCCCCCGGUUAUCUGAUCAGCCAACCGAUCGAUUGUCAAGAACUACCAAUUAUGGAAGUCAAGGAAAGGAUACCACGACUUUAAGCAAACACCAGCAGCAGCAUCAACUGUAAAGAUUUCCUUGCCAACCUGCUAACUAGUUACCAGAGCUCACAGGCUCGCUAGCAACAAAAUUCCUCGCCAAUGUCUUCCUAGCAAACCAGCAACAACACAAUAAAGCCAACAACCAACCACAACAGUGCCACUGAAAAGGUCAUUCUCGCUAAACUAAAAGAAGCAAACAAGCAAGUCACAAGCAAACCUUCAAACUUCGUCCAAUUUCUCCGUUUCCGUACAUGGAAAAAUGAUCAUCGCAAGUCCACCGACGAUUCAACUACGCCUACGAAUCACCAACCAGACCGACGUCCGUUCGUCAACGCGAUUAUCCAUCACCGGAAACCAUCGGACUAAGAGGCGAAAUUUUGCCCACAAGCCAACCAACUGCCACUGAAGAAAAGAAGAAAGAAAAACAUACAUAAUCUGCAAACACGGAACAGAAGGAAUGUGAUUGCUCCAUUGCUUGAUUUUAUGCGCGAAACCAAAAUCUGUGAUAUUUAAGGCUACCACGCAAAAUUACCAAUGGGUUAGAAAAGAUAAGUGUAACCGUCCUCUUCAACUGAAAAGCAAAAAUUUCGUUUCGGCAUACAGAAAUCAAAAUUUAACCAACAGUGCCUUCGGAUUGAAAAAAAAACCGAAAUCGCGUGUGCAAAAUCGAUGUGUUCAAAACAAAGUUCAUAUUUUACUACACCGUUCCCGUCGGGAUCUCUAUUUUAUGGCAUAAGAAGCAACGUGCUAUAACCGAGUAGUGAAGAUUUUAACCACCUCGAACCAACAGUGUUAUACAUUUUUAUAGCAAUAUUGAACUCGCGCCGUGCUCGCAAAGUGAUUUUAUAGCAUAGCCAAGACUGACACCUUCGAGUGUAUAACAGAAUAGGGUUUACCGAACCGGUCGAACCAGUAGCUUGUGGUCCAGCGGUAAAGGAUUUUACGCUGGCGUUAGCAAGUUUACGAGGCGGCUCGGCCAUCCUGGCGAUGCCAUUUAUCGAUGAGGACAUGCUGUGGUGUCCGGACAACGAUGGACGGAUGGUUGAUCUACAGGCUUGCCUACAGAUUUUUCAGGACGCCAACAACGGCAUGAACCAGCAAUCGGAUGCCGGUGGCAAUGGCUGUGAUCUGAACAACCUGGAAGAAUCGCUCUGCAACGAUUCGGACGAACUGCUGCGGCAACUGACGGAGAAUACCUUCGAGUUGGAGCAAUUUUUUCAGGACUUCCCCGUAACUGAGAUUAAAGUCGAGGAAAACAACAAUGACCUGCAACUUGACGAGGAAACGAGUGGUCAGAUUUUCUUGCAAAAUUGCAGCCAAUUGCUCACGUCGGCAGCGGCCGUUGCGGUUGCAAAUUCUCACCUCAAUGCCCUCGCUGCCGGAGGCGGAGAUCUGUCCGACCUUGCCAAUGGAGCCAAUAUGCUUGUCAUGCAAAAUGGUGGUAACAGUUCGGCAGAAAGCCAACUGCAAGAGCAACUGUUCUUGGUACAGGCUCAAGGGUUGCUACAGCAACAGCACCAACAACAACAACAGCAACAACAUCAGCAGCAGCAGCAACAGCAGCAGCAGCACCAACACCACCACCAGCAUAACCGGCUGCACCAGUUGGCCACCAAUACGCUGCUGGCGGAGAAGCUGCUGCAAAAUCAGACCACUCUGACGGCGUUGGACGGAUCCGGGAUACCGACGUCUGCGUCGGCCACCGUGGGACUGGGACCGGUGCAAGGGAACGGAAACGGUCGAGCCGGAAAGCCGCCCGACAUUGUGAUAAAAGGUAAGAGGAUUCGUGAGCAAGUGAGUUGGGAAGAGAAAGCGAUGGUGGUGUCUAAGAUCCAUGUAAGUUAGUUCGGU